UGGCCCGAGCACUGUUUGGACUGCAUGUUAUGCGGUGCAAGAAGGAUUAGUGGCAGUAACGACAGUAACGAUGCAUGGAACGGAGGGAUUGUUUUCAGUCGCACGAAGUGACUUAACGCGGCGCUGGUGCGCUGCUGGCGCUAUUUUUCAGGGGCUUUAGCUGACGAGCCGUAUGUUGCUGCGGAGUGCGUGUUGCGUGUGCUUCGCCGCUCUUCACUUUCGCAGCGCUCGGAAAGCGUGCACAAGCGUUAUCGCGUUGUUGCGAUUGUAGCAAGUGUGCCUGCAUACCAUACAGUAGUUAAGUCGUUUCAUCGUAAGUGUUUCGAGUUCCUGCAAUUAUUUGUGUACUGGCUUUAUGCGCGUUGCACCUGUCAACGUUACCGCAAGAUGAGCAUGCAUGAAGCGUGUGUAGUUUACUCACAGAAUACCUAUGGCAUACUUGUCGUUUGAAGGCCGCGUCGCAUCUUCGGAAUGCCCUGAGGCGGACGCGUGUUGCAACUUGCUUCGUCGGGAAUGUUUUCGUUCGCGUUCUUCGUGCUCGCCGUUGAUCUCAUUCGAGCCCAGCUCUGACGGCAGUGGCGAGGAUCCCGGGGACUUCAUGUGUUGGUGUAGGUGCAGCAGUUGCUGUCGGUGCCCAGAGGGCCUGACAUGUAUGCUGGUCCUAGCCAUAUUCGCUUCCGUCCUAGGGAUGUUUCAGUUCGGCUAUAAUCUAGGUGUAAUCAAUGCUCCACAAAAGGUACUAGAAGACUUUAUUUCAAGUGUGUAUUAUGAGCGGACGGGAAUGCAAAUACCCAAGAACUUCAAAGACUGGUUGUGGGCAAUCACUGUUGCUGUAUUUGCCAUUGGAGGCAUGGUUGGAGGCAUUUCUGGAGGUAUGAUGGCAAAUCGUUUUGGGAGGAAAGGGGGUCUGCUCAUCAACAAUAUUUUGGGCAUUCUUGGAGGCUCAUUGAUGGGUUUCAGCAAUGCCUCUAGAAGCAUAGAAUUGCUCAUUUUUGGUCGCCUUAUCAUUGGAAUGAAUUGUGGUCUCAACACUGCACUAGUGCCAAUGUACCUGCUAGAGAUAUCUCCUGUGCCACUCAGGGGAGGCCUAGGCACUGUCAGUCAAGUAGGAGUAACAGUGGGGAUGCUGCUUUCUCAAGUUUUAGGUAUUGAAGUCAUCUUAGGCACAGAAGAAGGGUGGCCAUACCUGCUCGCAAUUGCAGUCAUUCCAGCUGUGUUGCAGUUAGUGCUGCUGCCCUUCUGCCCAGAAAGUCCACGAUAUUUGCUCAUUUCAAAGCAGCAAGAGUCUUUAGCACGAGAAGCUCUACAAAAGCUGAGAUGCUCAAGUAUGGUUGAAGAUGACAUUGAGGAGAUGAAAACGGAGGAGCAAGCUCAACAGCAGGAAGCUAAAGUAACUAUGAUGCAAGUGAUCACGACUCGGUCACUCCAGCUACCACUUCUGAUUGGAGUGAUGAUGCAUCUCUCACAGCAGCUCUCUGGCAUCAUAGCUGUGUUCUACUACUCUGUGCGACUGUUUGAGGCGGCUAGCCUGCCGCCGAGCACUGCCAAGUUUGCCACCAUAGGAGUUGGUGUAGUCAUGGUGGUUAUGACACUAGUUUCCAUCCCGCUGAUGGACAGAGCGGGACGACGUACACUGCACUUGUAUGGCCUGGGGGGCAUGUUCAUCUUCAGCAUCUUCAUCACUAUCUCCCUGCUGGUCAAGUUCUUGUACCAUUGGAUCACUUAUAUGAGCGUAGUGAGCACUUUGUGCUUUGUAGUCUUUUUUGCAAUUGGUCCAGGAACAAUUCCCUGGAUGCUCAUGGCCGAGCUAUUCUCCCAGGGGCCUCGGCCAGCCGCCAUGAGCAUAGGUGUCCUCAUUAACUGGUCAGCCAACUUCAUUGUGAGCCUCAUUUUCCCCCCAAUGCAGGCAGCUCUUGGAAACUACACUUUCCUGCCAUUUACUGUACUGCUGGGCUUCUUCUGGACUUUCACAUACAAAAAAGUUCCAGAGACGAAGAACAGAACUUUUGAGGAAAUCUCUGCCCUCUUCAGGAGGGAUGAUGUAGUCAGCAUCAAUGGGAUGGGCACACGACGCAACUCUCUGGCACCUGGCCAGGAUGCAGUGUAUGAAGAAAAGCCAGAGACAUGUUAUCUCCAUCAGCAUCACCACCACCACCACUGUCACUACGGAAAGUUCCACAACAGGAAGAAACUCGAACUCAAUCACCUAGAAGACCAACUGUAACCAUACUUGUAGACUGAAUCACUCUUUUUGAAAUGACAGCGGGAGCCGACCCUCCUGUCCGGAACAGUGCAAUCUGCCAGCGCCUGCAGCAGAAGCGGCAGCAGCAGGGUGUCGUCUUCCCACCAGCCCCCUCCUCCUCUUUCUCCUUCUCCCACGAAGUCGCGCCGCAUCAGCAGCCGGGCCCCUGGUUGCGGCGCACGCAGGCGCACCCGGCGGCAGCGCAUAUCAAUUCCCGGACACGAGGGAACAAGUGGCCUGCCUACCCCGUUCCUCCCCGCCACCACCGAAUCCCUGGCACCUUCGUGGACUACGCCGAGGCUGGACCGGACACCGACAAAGAACAAGCUAUGCAUUCCCACUGAUGGACUCCUCCGUGGGCGCGGAUGCCUGCCGCCGAGCAACCAAAGAAUGCCACGACACCCACCCCAAUUCCCACUCAGGUCCUCACCCCUGGUAACCCGCAGCCAGACACAAACACGCAGACACACAUACACGCCUUUGGUUAGCCGUGUCUUGUCCUGGGCACAGCUGGUGCCAUUGCCGCCGCUAGUCCUAUCCGCGUCGUCGUCCUACACACACACAAACAUGCGUGCACGCACACAUUGGUCGGUAUCCCCAGAGCGGAGCAGCGUGCCGCAGCUGUUGUUUGUACACCGGGUAGUAGAAACACGAACUUCCCUGAACAGGAUUUAUGCAGGACAACGUUUCUAUUGUAUAUUGUGCCUUCAGUUUGGGAUCCUUGUUUACAAAAGCUCGUUGGGCUCCACUCUAUUAACGUUGGCUGGAGCCAUCGUGAGCCCUUCUUCCCCUGUCUCUCUAUAUUUAUCUGUUUCUGUUUUAUUUUCUCUUCUCUCUCUCUCUCCCUUUCUUCAUCUCUCGUUUCGCACAUGGGCAUCCGCGUCAGAGUACGCUAACAUGUACAGAAUUUUACCACUAUAGCGUUACCACUGCGAGCGUAGGAAGAGAAAAACGUCAGCGGAGAGGCCAGCGGUAGUCUCCUAGUUUACUACGUGUAAAGAAAAAAUAAUGAAGACAUCAUGCUCAAACGUGUAAAAAGUUUGUACAAAUGCGAGUAUGUUUAAAGAAAAUUAUAUAUAUAACUUGCGCACACAGAUAUACUAUAUACACAUGCGCGAACAAAAGAAAAAAAAGUAAUUAGUGAUGUCAGAGUAAUCUUUGAGACACCCUUGAUGUUUGCAGGUUGCGCAGCAUUUUUUGAAACCGAUAUUCCUGGAGCAGGCUCACGUGAAGUCAAAUUGAAAUGGCCGCAAGUGUUUGACCGAAAAAAAACAAGGCAAUGCUGAAUGUGUCCUCUGCGUGGACAUUUUUUUAUCGCUUAAUUCGUGGCAUUAUUGACGGAAUCAAAGACGGUAAUAAUAUAACGUUUAAUUGAACGUUACUCAAUAGCUAUGCGCGCAGAGUAACUAACGUUCUGUAAACAUAUUUUGUUUGCUUUGACAAGUUGAAUGCGCUAUAUAUAUAUUGAAAGGGAUGAUACCCUUGACUUCGCAUUGAAUUUAAAGGUGGAGAGAAGGCUAAACCACUGAAAUAGUUUUGAGAUGUUUGAUUUAUCCUGAAUGUACACUAUGGACGAGAAAUACGGCAUUAUCUCUUGACAAAAUUGUGGUAAUAUAGUAUAUUGGUAAUUAAAGGACGAGUCAUAUGAAUUAACCUAUACACCGAGAGCUUCGUUCUUGAAUAUAUGCUGCUGAAAUGGUGACGUCCAUUGAAGACGUAUAGUAGCAUUUAAGAUAAGCAACAGCUUCUAUUUGUGACGUAUUUAACUGACGACAAUCUGCCCUCUCCCAGAGCGGCCGGCGUCAGAAGCCUGGUUGCUCCGUCUUGGAGUUUUGAAAGCUUUCGUUCAGUGACUUGGGUGUAAGAGUGUUCGUUAACAGCACGCCUUCUUUCCAUCUCUGCGUAGGACUCGAGCUGAAGAUAUAGAGCCAAGUGAGACACUAAGCGGGCCUUGCGAAACAAUUUUCCGAUCGAGUGACAGCUACGAGGUCAGACAACUUAUAUCUGUACACAGUUGAGCGCCCUGCCAGGACGAGCGACCACAGAGGGAUAGCGUUCGUACGGUGGUCAGGCGCCAAGCCGCCUUGGCUUCAUGUAUAUGCGUUAUGGUGAAAGACGUGAAACUGCGACGAAAACGGUUCAUUGGUACGCUAGCGCGUCGCCGAUGCAUGUCGCGUCGAUGUGGCGUCGAGGGCGUACGGCGACGGAAGAAUGAAAACUCGACGUGACCUUAUCGAACGAGCUGUAGCCCUCCUGGGAUUCCUCGUACAUUGCACAUUUUCUUCGAUCCUUUUCAGAGAGAAUUCGCUAGCGAUUAUGGUAAAUAUUCAUGCAGGAUAUGAAGUCAAAUGCCUGCGAAAGCGUGUGGAGGGGGGGAGUUAUUGAUAUCUUGCCGGGCCCACUUUCGAGAGAACUGACACUAUUGUGACAUAAUUAGUUGUGUCGUCAUAGAGGACGAAAAUCAACCAUGGCGUGUGUUUCGAAUACCGCGAAAUGAUAUGAAAAUUCCAGAUGCAGUACAAACAUGGAAACCCAAUAGACUACGUUCCAUCUUCAUUACUCUGUUUAUGCAAACAAAAAAAACUGUUUAGCCAUAUAAAAUAUCAGGAGAUGGUCACUUUGUUCACGUACAUGGAGGUCCUGUUCCUGGCAUCUAACCGGUAUAUUAAAAAAUGUUUUUUUUUUUCACGUUCAUAUAAUAUACCAGUCAGUAAUAAGAACCGACUUGCAAAGCGAUUAUGCCUUCGGAUCUCAGGAGGGUAAAGCAGGAAGGAUAUCUUCGCUCUCUCAGUUGUCUGCAUACGGUGACAGGAGGCGUUCCGACGCUUUUUUUUUUUUCUCGCUCGUUUAUUUGCCUUGUUUUUCGUCGUUUGAAGAAUCGUUUUUGCGAAACGGCCUAUAGAUAGAUGGCGAACGGAGCUCCGAUCAAACAGAAUGCAAGUAGACGUCAUACAUGCGGCUAAAUGCGGUACACAAUCGUGUGUGGUUCUGGUACUAGCCACAGGGUACGCCACAGCUCUGCGCAGGAUUGCGGUCUCGUUGCAGCCUGUAGCGCAGGUAGGCUCUUUCGGCAAAGUCGAACUGUCUCGGCCAAGCGCUCGAAGAGCUGUUAGCUUGCAGCUCGCCCGCUUCUAUACCCGUAGGGAUGAACAUCUGCUCACGCCUGUAGGUUUGUAGACUACAAUGCUACUUAGCUGAGGCUGAUGUUAGACGAGGAUCUAUUCAAAGACGGGGGACGCCAUAUAGUGCUCCGCAGGCCACCACUAGCACUCGUCGUGCGUGCUGCCGCUACUCGAUCGUCAAGCAUUCGCUCGAUUUUGCAGUUUUGGUUGGCGGACGUUUGAAGAAGCAAUAACGCAAAACCGUUUGGUAAAAAUUGAAAGAAAAAAUAUGAAACGCAAGGCGCCGUCAGCGUCAAUUCAGCAAGGAUUCCGGCUUCGUAUACUGAAGCGAGCCAUUUGGUAACGAUUUGCUGCUGCUUCGCGUUCCCAGCUCUGUUGUCUCUUGUUUCGUGUCCCUUAUCGGGGCAUCGCGGUGUUUCCGUGAAAAUAAAGUUAAUGAAAUAACUUUUUUGGUGCUUCUUGACGGCAGGCGGUUUUUUUUUCCCAGCAAGAAAUGUGUGUUUAUUAACAACACACAAAAGAGCGUCGCAUCUGUCGCUGUAGAAAUGUUGCUGCUUUUGGGCUGUUGUAGGUGUCAAGAACUGUAAAAAACGGUGUCUAUUAGAAAGAAAAAAAAAGUUGUUUGUGAAUGUAGUGUGCAUCAAUGCUCAGUUGUGUAAGCGUCCGUUCACUCAGAGCAAAUUUCUUGGAACAAAAGGGAUGAAGUGUUGAACAAGGGGACAUAUUACAAGGGGAUACGUGCUUUCGGAAUCAUAUGGUGCAUGUACAUUUUAUACAUAUACCCGUUUUGAGAAGUGGUUUAUAGAGUGGUUACAACAGCGUGUACAUCAGAAAAAAAAAAAAAAGGUCAGCGUAUAUAGCUGCAGAGAGCACGCGCACCUUUCCAAACGUACAGGGUGCACAAUUUCAUUACUAUAGUCUUACGUAAGAAAUUUAUUUUAUUGUGAUUAUUAAUAUUUCUUUGUCUUGAAGCUAAAUCUCUGUUCCCGGCUAUUGUUUUCAGUUGUGCUCAACUGCAGAGAGCGAUGAUCCAACUGGCCGAAGAGCUUCUUAUAGGCCUGUCGCACUCUUCUGUUAAACAAUACAAGAAAUGAGAAGCAGGAAACGGGGAUGGCGAGCUCUUGUGGCGAGUCUAAUAAUGUCAAGCUGCCAUACGAAAUUGCGUUUUAAUGAAGUGACAAACCUCAUAAGGAGUGUUAUGGCGUAGUGGCUUCUCUGGCAAAAGCUGGCGCAGUUCCCGCGUAGUGGACGCCGUGUCGGGCUGCGACGCAUUCCUGCCCACGCCUGCACUCAAUUCACAGUCAUUGGCGACUACCUUCCAAUGGUUGCCGUUGCCUAAUAACAAAAAGACAUUGGCCGCUCUCGAAGACGACAUAAGUUGUAGCGUUAGGAGAGUGCGACACGUCUGUCGCAGGGGCUGCAGAUGACGGCCUUUGAAUUUUCAAUGUUUUUUUUUUCUUUUUUUUUCAGUGCAGAUCUUUCGCAUUUUUUCGCGGGUAACACACAUAAAAAGCACAGACACGAAUGCUCACACACUGUUUCUGCCCCCUCAAAGAUAAGAAGGAGAUCACCAGGUGGCGUCCUCAUUGCUGACGUCACCUGGUCCUCCUUGGUACCGUUAUCGUCAAACGAGAUUUAAAAAAAAAAGAAACGAGAUACGACGACACAGAUUUCCUUAUUGAUUUCUCUUUUUCUAUAGCUGAGUCAGUCUAUAGCACAUUCCUACGGAUACUCGACGCAUAGUCUUUAUAGGCGAGAUUCAUUUUUAAGAUAACCGGGGGAAAAAAAGGAGAAAAAAACGUGGCUCUCGAGGCAGCCGUCAAGUUUUUUAUACCUUAGCUCGCGCCCAACGUGCUCGCGUCUCCGCAGGUUUGAAUGCCCUUCCACUCGGGUCCUUACGGCGCUUUCGUGCCGUUAGGCCUGGAUGGCGGUACGUGUACUUAACAUAGACAGUAAAUUGGCUUUUUCUGUCACUUUCUCUCUCCACUCGAGAUCACUCAACAGUUCGUGACGUAAGAUGAAUACCUCCUACACACCUCUGCUUUCUUUUAGAGCUGACAGGAUAUAUAUAUAUGAAUAUAUACAUAUAUAUAUACACACACAUAUAUAUAGCUCGCCUUUGGUUUAAAUGCAGAACUAGAUAUUCCUCUAGCGAUAUCAUCCUCGUUUUCUUUUUCUUUUGUUUUUCUUCUUUUCUGUUCCUUCAAACAACAUUGUGGUGUGCAAGAAACCUAAAUUCUGUUAGUGACUAACGUAUAUAUUGCACGUGUGAGCAGUGUUUUACUUUAACGUUGCUGGCUGACCUUAUUACUUUUCAAGGUGUACCGCUGCCUUGACCAUACCUGACUGUUCAGUAUAUAUUUCACUGUUGUAGAGCGAGUGUUUAGUCUCUUCUGUUGAGUGUUUUGAUAAUGUUACCGACGAAGGGGGUUUAUGUACAUACUGUAUGCUCGGCAUUAAAAUACUCAUAGUU